GAAUGGUCUUAAAAGAGUCGUUUCAAAUGAAUCGGUUCUUUCGUGAAUCGCCAUCAUUCUUUUGUGCAGCGUCCAGAAAACUCCUCGCUGUAGCUGAAUCCGCAGGUUUAAAGAUGACCCUGAUGCGACUGCUCGUGUUCUUCCUUCUGCCCUUGGUGCUGAUUCAUGGCACCAUUUCAGUAAUUGUGACAACCAGCAACCCAGAAAUGGAGGUCCAUGAGAACACAAAUGCUGUUCUCUCCUGUAAGUUCCAGACGGAAAAAGAGACCAACCCACGGAUAGAAUGGAAAAAGAAAGGCCAUGAUGUCUCCUAUGUUUAUUUUGACGGUGAAUUUACAGGCUUGUUUAAAGGCAGAGCUUCAAUCGAUGGAGCAACAGUGACCCUGCAUGGUGUUAAUCAGAAAGACUCAGGGAUCUAUCACUGUGAAGUCACUGCACGCCGAGACAAGAUCCGUCUUGGGGAGGUCACAGUCUCCCUCAAUGUGCUUGUACCUCCCCAUGUUCCUUCAUGCCACGUGCCUGAGACUGCAAUGAGCGGCUCUGCAGUGGCACUGCACUGUGAGGACAAGCUGACUGUCCCCCCUGUCACUUACAGCUGGUACAAGGACAACAGGCCCCUGAGCGCAGCCCAUCUCCCAGACAUUAACUACAGCGUAGACAACAAAACAGGCACUCUGAAAUUUAAAAGCUUGUCAAAAUCUGACGCAGGACAAUACCGCUGUGAGGCCUCUAACAGUAUUGGGCCACCAAAGAGCUGCGUGGGUCAACAUAUGAACGUCACUGAGUUUGAGCUGAAUCUGUCAUUAGUAAUAGCAGUUGGAGUGGGUGCUGCUCUUUUAUUGCUCUCCUGCUCUCUGGCUGUUUGUAUAUGCUGCCAGCGAGGCUACUGUUGCUGCUACUACAAUGAAAGGAAAAGAGGAAAACAUAAAAGAAACAUGGCAAACUACAGCCCCCCAGCAGAUCCUAAACACUACAAGCACACAGAGUCCUUUGUGAUAUAAAAAAGGUGUCUCCAAGAUGUAUUGGGUGCUGGUGUAUGCUUAUAAGCAAUGGAUUGCCAGUUUAUUAGGUAUACACAUCUAGAAACUGAUGAACUGCCAGCUCAGUGCACAGGCAAUGCACCACCAUGCUGAUUCCUGGAUCUUCAACCUGCUUUACCUCUUUAUACACUCAGAGCUGGAUGAUGGCACUGGACCAGUCUACUACAUCCACUAUGAUCAGGAACCGAGAUUCCCUAAUAAAAUAUCUCCAGCUUUUGGACAUUGACAAUAAUACAUGUGACUUCCCUGAUAAAUGGGCACAGACAAGCUGCAAGUCCCCCUAGUGGGAAGGUUUUAUCACUGCAGGCCUAGCAGGAGCUAUCACACAUGACAUACAGUUUUUACACUUUCACUGUGGACAAGUCAACAUGAUUAUGUGCUACAGUUAUGAAGUUUAUGUGCAGGAAGUGUUUUUUUAUUCUUAGUGGUGUUUUUACAGUCUGAGAAAAAAGCAGUUGUUUUAUACUGUUGCAAUAUUGUGUGUGGAAAAGGAAGUGGGUGAGUAACAGUUUCAAAAUCUUUUGCAUGGAUGACUGAUCAGUUCAAAUAAAAUAAGGAAAAAAGCACACCAAAACUGGAUGUUAAACUGAUUUUAUUCAUUAGGCACAAUUUCCAGCAGAUGAAAAUUCUGUGUUUAUAAAACACCCCUGAAGUAAAAACAUGAUUUUUAAACGACUCUUCUUGGAUUAUUGUAUUGUGUUAUUAUACAGAUGUUUGGGUCAAACAUGUUUACAGGAUGAAGUUAUGAUUUGUUUAAAACAGCAAAUUUCUAAACACAUCAGUAAAACACUGAUUUGCAGAGGAUGAUAUUUGAGCUCAGUGAGGUCAGUAAAAUGUUCAUGUUUUGGGCGUUUAAGAUUAAAAUGAUGAUACUCAGAAACUAGGUUGUUAAAAGGUUGCUAACUUUCCUAAUGUUACAGUGAUGAAUAAAAUAGUUUUGAUUGUUA